GCUGACGGUGAACCACAGGUUCCGCAUUCGGAGCGUUGUUUUACUGUGAUUCUGGUCAGGCGGCAGGAGAGCAGCCGCUCAAGAUGAUGGAGCAUUCGGCGUCAGAGUCAGAAACUGAAGAUCAUGUGCAGCCUUUACUUCGCCGGAAAGACACCGGAGACCUCCAGAAAGCUCCUGCUUGCUGCUCCUCACGAUACGGGUUGGCCUUCUUGUCCUGUUAUGGCUUCUUUGUGGCAUAUGCCCUCAGGGUGAACCUUAGUGUGGCAAUGGUGGACAUGCUAAAAAACCGUUCCAGUGCCAACACCAGUUCCUCCGUCUGCCCUCAUCACAGCAACCCCGUGCCCAAACACAAUCACACUGCCAGUGUGUAUGACUGGGAUUCAGAGACUCAGGGAUGGAUCCUGGGCUCUUUUUUCUAUGGUUAUAUACUUACUCAGAUACCAGGUGGCUACUUUGCACGCAAGUAUGGUGCCAAGUGGCUCUUUGGUAUCGGCAUCCUUUGCACUGUGAUCUUCACCCUGCUGACUCCAGUAGCUGCUGAUCUGGGAGCUGGUUACCUCAUCGCUGUCAGGGUGUUGGAAGGCAUUGGGGAGGGAGUGUCAUUUCCUGCUAUGCAUGCGAUGUGGGCAUCAUGGGCACCACCUCUGGAGAGAAGUCGACUGCUCACGGUCUCUUACACAGGUGCUCAGCUGGGAACUGUAGUGGCUCUUCCUCUGUCUGGCCAGAUAUGUUUUUACCUAGACUGGACAUACGUCUUUUAUAUAUUUGGAGCUGUCGGACUUCUUUGGUUUUUCCUUUGGGCUUGCUUUGUCAGUAACAAUCCUAGCUCACACAAAAGGAUAACGGAGGCUGAGAAGACUUACAUAAUGGGAUCUUUAAAAAAUGAACUGUCCCCAACCACAGAUUACAUCCCAUGGACAUCGAUCCUUAAGUCUAUGCCAUUAUGGGCCAUAGUUGUGGCACACUUCUCUUACAACUGGACAUUUUACACUCUGCUGACUCUCUUACCCACCUAUAUGAAUGAUAUACUCGGAUUCAGCAUCCAGCAGAAUGGAAUGCUCUCAGCUCUGCCCUACCUUGGUUGUUGGUUGCUGGCUUUGCUGGGUGGACAGCUGGCAGACCUCCUGAGAGAGAGAUAUCUUAUCCGCACUGUAAUUGUGCGUAAGGCAUUCACUAUAGUAGGAAUGGUGGGACCGGCCGUCUUCCUGGUGGCUGCUGGCUACACUGGAUGUAACUAUGUCUUGGCUGUAGCCUGCCUCUCUAUCUCCUCCUCUCUAGGGGGCAUUUCGGCUUCUGGAUUUAACAUCAACCAUUUGGACAUUGCUCCCUCAUAUGCUGGGAUAUUGCUUGGGAUCACAAACUCAUUUGCCACUAUUCCUGGUAUGGUGGGCCCUGUAAUAGCAAGAACUUUGACCAAAUCUAACACCAUUCCAGAGUGGCAAAUUGUCUUCUACAUCUCCGCAGCGAUCAAUAUAUUUGGAGCUAUUUUCUUCACAAUAUUUGGCAAGGGCACAGUCCAGCCUUGGGCUGUCCAGAGCAUACAGAUCCAGUGAAACACGUCUACCUUUAGCCAAAGGGUCGUACCUCUUGUAAAUUCUAUAGCUCUCUUAGCAGUAGUUGCAUAUGGUUUGCAAACUAAUGAAUAUUGCACAAUCCAGUUUUGUUGUGUUUUUUAAUCAUACCAACAAACACAAUGACUUUUUAUUUAUUUUUUUUAUUUUUUUAUUGGUAAUAUCUGUAUUUGUUAUACAUGUCAGUAGCUUUUUCAGACAAUUUUUAUUUUUUUUCAAACAAAGGUGCGAUAAGUGAAGUGAAUCCUGGCUGAUUAGUCAGGAUUCAGUCAGAGCGUUUACCGAAUUAAUCGUGAAGACUCGUGAAUUUUUAACUUGUGAAUUGUUUUCGAAGUAUGAAGCUCAUGAGACCCAUUGUAGCUGUUCUUAACAGUAGUAAGAACUAUACCAAUUCAGUUUCUGAUUUGUUAAAUCUGCUCUGUUGAAAACUAAAAUAAUCAUAAUAAAGGAAUUGGGAGUCUGUCGCUAUUAAUGUCCUUAUAAAAUAUGCCUUAUUGUAGGCAUAUGAUUAUCACAAUAUGCCUUACACAUACUGAAGCAAGAGGCCUUAAGAGAGAUUAUAGGUGAAAUCGUGUCUGGUUGUUAUGUUUUAGCCGUUUUUUACACUAUAACUGAUCUAUGUUUACAUUUUAUUUCUUUCUGUUUUGUGCAAUUGUUACUAAGUGAAACAAAAUGAAUAAAUCCGUGUAAACACUGUAUGUUGCAUAAUCUGUAAAUUGUCAAGAUGCUACAAUACAUGCUUAAUCACCUGUCAAAUACCUGUAUAUCUAAUAAAAUUAUUGCAGUCGUUUA